AUGACAAACUUAAAAAAGCACAGACUCGUUCUUUUGUGCUUAUUAAUAGAUCCUUAUCAUAGUAAACUCUGGGGAUGUUGUUUAAUUGCUGCAGGUAAGAACAAGAACAAGAACAAAAGCAAGAGCAAGAGCAAGAGCAAGAGCAAGAGCAAGAGCAAGAGCAAGAGCAAGGAUAUUGAUAUUGAUAUUGAUAUUGAUCUUGAUAUUGAUAUUGAUAUUGAUAUUAAUAUGCUUUGUUGUUGUUGUUGUUGUUGUUGUUGUUUUUGUUAUAUUCCUGAGCCACUAUUCAACCUCAACCAGAAUAGGAAUAAGAAUAAGAAUAAGAAUAAGAAUAAGAAAAUAAAAUAA